CCCUCCCUCUCUUUCUCUCUCGCGAGUCUAUAUAUAUUUUUCUGUAGAUGGGUUUUGAGGGUCUCGUAUUUUUGAAAGUUUGAGAAGAAAAGGGGAUGAUGAAGUGGUCGCCAUGGAUGGGAGCUGGUGGGGGGGCCAAGAAGUUGCACGUGAAGCUGAACAGGUUGAAGCUCGAAGUGAUCUGUAAGGAAAAGGUAGAAAAUGGUAAGAUUUUGGCGGCUGAGAUCAAAUGGAAAGGCCCCAAUUCUGGAGCUCGACUUCCAUUUUAUCGAACAUCUACGUGCCAAAGAAAUCACACCCGCCAAAGAAGCCUGAGACGAGGAAAAUCCGCUCAAUGGGACGAAGAAUUUGAAAGUGUCUGCAAUUUCUCUGUUUCCAAGGACGGUUCUCUGGGUCCGUGGAUUGUCACUUUUAACGUCUUAUAUGGAGAGAGUAGAGAAUCGAGGGGUAAAUUGGCGGUUCUGGGAAAAGCGUCGUUGAACUUGGCGGAGUUGGCUUCGAAGAAGGCGACUCGGAUCGAAAGAAAGCUUCCCAUGACUUUAGACAACGGUCGUUUUGCCACAGACGCCACCCUUUCGGUCUCCGUGAGCUUUGUCGAGGUCAGAGAUGCUCGCGACUCGUCUAGAAUCGGUCUAAACUCGGCCGAGUGUGACUCAGAGAACGCGUUACUCAGAAAGGUCAAGGAUUUGACCAGCCUUAAGAGGAGGAAGAAGGAGAAGAAGCAGAAUGCUGAAGUGAGUUCUACGGUGUUUGACUGGGCGGGCUCGAGUGAGUCCACUAACACGUCCACGGGUGACAAAUGCAAAGUAGCGUCGAGUUCAAUGGCUGAGUUGGGAUCGUUCCCGAGUUCGGGUACUCAGUUGGACCCGGCUCGGAAAACGGGUUUUUUCUCGUGGAAGAGAAGUCGAUCAAAGGGAAGAAGAGUAGAGCCGUUGAGGUCGGGUCCCGUACGGAGAAGAGAUGCUACUGGAUCCUCUUCAUCGGAUCCGAAUCCACAAAUUGCUGCUCAAAUUGUUAGUAAUCCGGGCAACAAAUGUGAAAAAGUCUCUAUGGGGCACACCUACUCCAACAAGUCGACGGAUUGCCCAAGAUCUGCUAGGGCGAGUGAUUCCCAUACGGACUCUAUUACAUUUGCUGCCCAAAGUCCAAACAAUUCAAACAACAACAUUACUAGGAAUUUCUAUCCCUCAUUCAACCUAGACUCUAAAGACGACACUUGCAGGAGACGAAACUGGGAAGUAAAGGAACUCGUCAGCAGAGAUGGGCAAGUGAAGCUCAAAACCAAUGUGUUCUUCGCGUCCUUCGACCAAAGGAGUGAAAGAGCGUCAGGACAGAGUGCCUGCACUGCACUAGUUACCGUCAUUGCUCACCGGCUCCACGCGAACCAAAACAUGCCGACAAGAUCCGAAUUCGAUAGGCUCAUCAUACAAGGUUCCCAUGAGUGGAAAAAGCUCUGCAGAAAUGACACCUACAUGCAAUCCUUUCCUGACAAACACUUUGAUCUUGAAACAGUCUUGAAAGCAAACCUUAGGCCGCUCUCUGUCUUGCGAGAUAAAUCUUUUAUCGGGUUCUUUUGCCCCGAGAAGUUCGAGUGCUUGAAGGAAGCCAUGUCAUUUGAUGCAAUUUGGAAUAAGAUCAGUAGCAGCAUUAACAACAAAGAUUAUGAUCAACCAUGUAUAUACAUUGUGAGUUGGAAUGACCAUUUCUUUGUGUUGAAGGUAGAGGCUGAUGCUUAUUACAUCAUUGACUCCUUGGGUGAGAGGCUCUUUGAGGGUUGCAACCAGGCAUACAUGUUAAAGUUUGAUGAUUCAAGUUUGAUGUAUAAAACAGGAAGUGAAGAGACUGUGUGCAUUGGCAAAGAGUGUUGUAAAGAGUUCAUCAAGAGAUUUCUAGCUGCCAUUCCUCUUCAGGAACUGGAGGAGGAGAAAGAGAAGGGUGGAGUCUCUAACCAUCUCCACCGGAGGCUGCAGAUUGAGUUCCACCUUUGCUCUUCUCCUUAUCAUUCUUCUUCAUCUACUACUUCUUCUUCUUCCACGUACUCUCUCUUUUCAAGCGGCGAUCUUAUGUAGAAAUAAGUAUGUGAAUGGUAUAGUUGGAUACCUUUUUUUGUGUUUUUUGGAACACUUUUUGGAUUAGAUAGUUGUUUCAAUGAGAAAUCAUAGCAUUUCUGGGCAGAUUAGAAUGCUUUUCAA